AGAGAGCGGUCGCAAAGCACCCGACGAGCCAGGCUCAGGCUCUGGAGGCUCUUCUGAUAAGUGUGUCACCAACAAGACCCCACCAAGAAGGUGUGAGACCGUAUACUGCUUCUCCUUCAUUAUGACUCUUGCGGGUUGAGCUGCCAUAGGAACCUUGGAGCACCAGAAUUUGUUUUUUGAUAUCCAGUUUUUGUGUGUGUGGCCCUUUGAUGACCUUUGAAAAGAACAGCAAGGAAGAUUAGUCAGUGUCCUUCACAGAUGAAGUCUGAGAGCUGCAGGGACACAGUAGCAGCCACAGUUCUGGGCUGGAGGUCUUCUGAGCGUGGGGCCUUUCCUCCAGGUGCUACCAUCUCUACCUCCGCGUUCUUGUGGGAGCCAUGAAGCUGAACAAGAGGAGCGUGACCCACUAUGCUCUGAGCGAUUCUCCAGCAGAUCACACUGGCUUCCUUCGUACUUGGGGGGGACCAGGGACAGCACCUACUUCCAGUGGUGCUGGCCGAAGAUAUUGGUUUGUGCUCAAGGGCAACCUGCUAUUCUCUUUUGAGAACAGAGAAAGCCGGACCCCUCUGAGCCUGGUGGUACUGGAGGGCUGCACGGUGGAGCUGGCCGAGGCGCCUGUGCCCGAGGAAUUUGCCUUCGCCAUUCGCUUUGAUGCCCCUGGGGUGCACCCACACCUGCUGGCAGCAGAUGGGCAGGCUGCCCAGGAGGCCUGGGUAAAGGCACUAUCCCGAGCCAGCUUCGGCUACAUGAGGCUUGUAGUCCGAGAACUGGAGAGCCAGUUGCAGGACGCCCGUCAGAGCCUGGCCUUGCAUCGCGGUGUGUCCCAGAAGUCUGUUGCCAGCUGCAGUAAGCCUCGGACUCCUGACCGCUCAGCUCCAGGCCCUGAGAAUGGCUACUCUCUCCCUAGGGACCGAAAUCCCAAUGGGUCUGUGGAAGAAAGGGGAAGCAGGCCAAUGGGUCGGGAUUUGACUGAAUGGGAGUUACAGGGCCCUGCCAGCCUCCUCCUAAGCAGGGGACAGAGCCCCGUGUCCCCUGAGACCUCCUGUUUCUCUACCCUGCAUGACUGGUAUGGGAAGGAGAUCGUGGAGCUAAGGCGAGGAUGGCAGCAGAGAGCCAAGGGGAGCCAGCCAGAGAGCAAGCAACAGGAUAGGCCCUGAUCCCCGGCCCUUUGCACUGUGACCCUGACCUGCUGGUCAGGAUGCCAGGGUCCGUACUUCAGGAGUUAAAUGUUUACUCAUUUCCCAGAUUGCUGUGUGUGUGUGUGUGUGUGUGUGUGUGUGUGUGUGUGUCCCCCUCCUGCUCUGUAGACUUUCUCCAACUUGCAGUCCUCCCCUCUGUCUGGAGUGACUUCCAACCUGUUUCCUAGAAAGGCCAGGUGACUGAUGGGAACAUAAUGUAAAGCAGGAAGGGGCUGUGCCUCCGCCCCUGCAGGACACUCUAGCCGUAAUGUCCAACAUAAGAAGUCUUGGGCAUCUGAAUACCAGCCGUGCCAGCAGAAGUGGCCUGAGGACUGACAUCGACAUGGUUUGUGCAGGGCUCUCUGUAGGAGAGGCUCUCUCGGUGCUAAGGGGAAUUUCUUUUCUUCCCCCCGCCACCUUGUCAAUGCCCAGUGCUGGACAUGGCCCUGGGAGAGGCAGGCAGCCUUUAUCUAGGAGCAGCCCUUCCUGAUCUGCUGUCCACGGUUUGUCUGCCAAGAACCCUCGUGCCUACUUUCUCCUGUAUCAUGCCAAGUAUUUUUUUCUUCUAAGAGGACAAAUGGCUGGGUCUUAUAGAGCCGGAAGCCAGGCCCAUCUGUCCCUUUAUGUAUAUGCGGUGACAGUGACUGGGGGAAAUGUGGGGCUUGAUAGAGCUAUACCUCUUUCCCAAACAAAACCUGCCUCUUCCUGACCACCCUGCUUUCCCUGUCUGGGGACUUGGGGCAACCUGACCCAAAUCCACCCAGGCCUAAAGGCCAGUCUUUGGCCUCCAGGAGACUUGAGUUUCAUGGUCUCCUUGGCCAGGGCCAGGUCCUGUGAUGCCAGGCAUGGUUCUCAGCCUGCACAUAGCAUCAUAGCCAACUGCCCUUGAUUGUACACACAAGUACUACGCCUUUGCUAACCUUCUUGUUAGUGUUCUUUGGUUUGGUUUUUGGAGACCAGGUCUCACUUUGUAGCCCAUACAGGUCUGGAACUCAUUCUUAGCUUUGCAAGCACUGGGAUUAUAGUUAUGGACCACCACACCCUGUUUGGUUUCCUUUGUUUUGUAGCAGGUCUUGGUUCUCGGGAAGGCCUGCCCACCCAGCUCCUCACACUAGCACUUCUGGCUUUAGGUUUUUGUUUUGUUUUCUUAUAAUUAGAACAGUAAAGUUUGCAGGAUGUGGUAGCAAAGGAGGUAGAGGAGGAUCAGGAGUUCAAGGCCAUCCAAGGUUUUUGACUAGGCUGGGCUACACGCGAGACCCUUUCAGAAAAUUAUUAAUUUUGGUUAUUAUAACCCGUGUUUACAAAUGAAGAGUCAGGAGUCGGAGCUGCGAAGCCGGUGUCCGAGCCUAGGGACUGAGUGAGUCCGGGAACCUGUUCUGCUGCUGCAACCUCCACCAGUACAGUUCUGCUCUUGCUUGUUCCCUCGCCCUAUGGGAAGCCUGCUGCUCACUGCACCUGUUGUUCGAGUGUUCACAGACGCU